AUGUCAUCAAAUUAUUUGGAUGGCUCCAGUUAUAUUGGUGAUUGUAAUAAUAAUGAUAACAAUGAAAACAGUGAUUCAUUAACAAGUAGUUAUAUCGAUGAUAACUCUGAAAAUAAUGAUACCUAUAAAUACAAAAGUACAAUUAAAACUACAACAACAACAACAACAACGACAACAACAACUAAUAAUAAUACUAAAACUACUGCAAAAAAAGAAGCAACAAAUACAAAUAUAAAUUUUAAAAAUGUAAAUAAUAUAAAGAUAAGUAAUAUUAGUAUGGAAUCAUUUGCAUCUAGUACUGGUAGUAGUGUAAAUUUUACAUCUACCGAUUCUGAACAUCAAUCACGUGCAAAUAAUGAAAAUAUAUGGUAUUUCUUAAAGAAUGAAUGUUAUGAUACUAUAAAGAAUAUUGGUGAUUUUAAAUCUUAUCAAGAAAAACAAGAGAAUAGAUCAGUUUGUUCCUAUAUCAUAGAUCCAUCAACAUCUGGUUCAUCAUAUAGUAAAAUCUAUUCAAGUAGUGGUGGUGGUGGUAGUAAUGAUAUUGAUCAACCAUCAACUUAUUCCGAUAAUGUUUAUUCUUCAAAUUUAAGAGGUGUCAGUAGUAUUAGCGCUAGUAAUCCAAAUUCCUAUGGUGGUGGUGUUGUAAAUAGUAGUGGUGGUAGUUUAUAUAAAAUGAGUUCGUCAUUAUAUGGUGGUAGCAAUUAUAAUAAUAAUAACAAUAAUAACUAUAAUAGUCAGCCACAAUCUUCACUUUAUGCAACUAAAGACUCUUUAUGGAGAAGUGAAUUAAAUGAUUCAACAUCAUCAGCAUCGGGAUUGAAUAGACUACAACAACAACAACAAGAAAGACCUGCAGAUAGUUCAUUAAGUAAUUUAGUAUCAUAUAUGUCAUUAACAGCUAGUAGCGGAAGUAAUGGAUUACAAUCAUCUAUUGGUAGUAAUAAAUCAUCAGGUGGUGGUUCAUAUAUUGAACAAUAUUUAGAACCAAAUUCACCUGUAUUAAAUAGCAGUGGUGGUGUUGGUGCUAAUAAUAUUUAUAAUAAUAGUUACUUAAAUUCAAGUAAUAAUUAUUUAAAUAAUAAUAAUAAUAAUUAUUUAAAUAACAGUAAUGCUGUUGUUAAUAAUAGUAAUACUACUACUACUACUAAUAAUAAUAAUAAUUCAGGAUAUCAUUAUUUAUUCCAUAAUAAUAAUUCAUAUUCUGAUAGAUCAUCACCGUUAUCAUCACAAUCAAAUAUCCAUAAUUCAUUCUCUUCAUCUGUUGGUUCAUCAGCUUCUUCAUUAUCUAAUAGUAAUAGUAGUAGUAGUAGUAGUAGUAAUAAUAAUAAUAAUAAUAAUAAUAAUAAUAAUAAUAAUAAUAAUAAUAAUAAUAAUAAUAAUAAUCCAUCAUUAGUUAUUUCAAGUUCAUCAUCAUCCUCCUCCUCCUCCUCAUCAUCACAACCACAACCACCACCAUCACCAACACUAUCACAACAAAAAAUUAUAAUUGAAGAACAAAAAUUAAUUCAAAUUGAUCAAGUUUUACCAUGGAAUGAAAGUUUUCAACAAUUAUUAGAUAAACCAUUAAAAUCAUUAGAAGAAGAAAGAUUACGUAAUCAAAAUAUUACCUAUUUUUCACAACUUUUAGCAAAUCAAGCCAUUAAAUAUGUAAAGACAUUGGUUAGAGAGGUACAUUUAACACCAGAUAGAAAAACCAUUAAACCAUUUGAUUUCGGUGGAUUAGCAGGUGGUGAAAAGUAUAAAAUCGAUUCAAUGUUUAUAAAAUUUGCAUUGAAUCCAUAUCAUAUCUAUGAAUGUAAUAAUCCGACAUCUUAUUAUGCAAGUAAAGCAGCUAAUCAUGAAUUGAAAUCAAUUGAAAAGUUGGUUAGUUGUGCAGUACCAAAUUUACAUUUUCCUUUAAUUUGUCUUUUAAAUUAUCGUGGAUUUAGGUUAAGCGUAAUCUCUGAAUUACCAAUUUCAUCCAAUACGAUAGUAUUUGGUAGUUCAAAUGCUGGUAAUACAAUUCACGAUGAUGAAAAUGUUUAUAAAAUGAUGGUUAAAAUUGGUGAAAUUAUAAAUUUAAAAAAUCAUAUUGCAAAAGAAAAUGGUAAAUCAUUUUCAUCAUCAUCAACAACAACAUCGACAGAUUUAUUUUCAAGUAUAGGAAGUAGUAGUAGUAGUGGUAGUAAUAGUAGUUCAAAUAAAAAUGGUGGAUUAUUUAAAAUUCCAUUAGCAAUUGAUAUUGAAGGUCAUCAUGGUAAAGAUGGUAGAUAUUAUAUUGUUGAUUCAGCAAGAUUAAGUGUACCAGAGAAACCAUUGGCAGGUAUAACAGGGGGAUUUCUUUAUAGAUUAUUUAGAUUUGAAUUUAUAAAAAGAUAUGAGAAUCAGUUAUGUGCAGAUUCAUUUUCAAAUUUUCAAGUAUUAGAUUUGGAUAGUCAUAAUUUGGAGGUUGAAAAAGCAUCACAUUAUUUAAUUAAUACAGUUAUACCAUCAUUUGUUGAGAAUGUUUUAUUAAAAGAUAAACAAUCAUUAAAGAAAUUAAAUUUAAAAGAGUUACUUCAUAGGGAUGGUAUUAAUCUUAGAUAUUUAGGUUUAAUACUUUAUAGAAUUUCAUUGAUUGGAAAUUCAAUGAAAAUCAUUUUAAAUAGAAUUGAAGUUUUAAAAGGAUUACUUACAGUGGAAAUGUUGGCUAGAUUAUUAAGAUUUAUCGUUUUCUCUGAAAUGUGUAAAUUAAAUGAACCUGAUGACCAUCACCAUUUACAAAUUUGUGUUAAUCAUUUGAAUUUACUAUUAUCGUCAUCUGGUACGUCAAUGGUUGAUUCUCAAAUCUAUUGGUCAAAUUUCAUAUCGAAUGCGUUAAUUGCAAAGUAUACCUCAUUCUCCUCAUUAUCCAACGACCAAUGCCAAGGCUUGAAAUCAUUAAUCAACGAUUCCAAUGGACUUUGUUUAAUAUUAAAUAGCCAAUCUACGAAAUUACGUUAUAAACUAUUGAAAAAGUUUUCACGUUUAACUGGUGUUAUCAUUAGUCCACGUUAUUUACAACAAUUGAAAACAUUAUCAAUUCAAAAUUCAUUACCAUCUUUUAUGGCGAAAUCAUUGGUAAUUCCACCAUUGACAGUAUCGGAUUUAAUUGAAGUUCAAGUGGUUGUUAAACAUAUGAAAAUUCUAUCAACAUUUAAAGCAUUUGAAAAGUUUACCGAUGCUGAACAAUAUUAUCUACAAGAAUUGGAGAAUAAAUCACAAAAACUUGGUAAAGAUCAUACUCAAGUUGCAAUCACUCAUAUUUAUUUAUCAGAUCUUUACGUUUCAAAUUUAUUAUUCACUCAAGCUGAAAAACAUAUAAAUCAUGCAAUUGAAAUUUAUAAUGUUAGAUUUGGUUCAAUCGAUAUUGGUACAACUACAACCAAAGAGAAAUUAGGUUUAAUUUAUAUUAAACAAAAGAAAUAUCAAGAAGCAACCACAUUAUUUAAAGAGGUAUUAGAAAUUAAAAAAUCAAUUCUAUCAACUGAUAACAUUGAAAUAGCUGAUACUUUUGAUAAUUUAGCAUGGGUUUAUCAAAAUAAAGGUGAUUUUCAAUUAUCAAUUUCAAAUUAUUCUGAAGCAUUAAGAAUUAAGAAUGAAAAAACUGGAAAUUCAUUAACUACCGCUAAAACUUUAAAUAAUAUUGGUCAUUUAUUUUUAACAACUAAUGAAGUUAAGAAAUCCAUUGAAAUCUUUUUAAAAGUUCGUGAAAUCUUUAUAACUCAUCGUGGUCCUGAACAUUCUGAAGUGGCAGUGGCUGAAGAUAAUUUAGGUAUUGUUUAUACUAAAACUAGAGAAUAUCCAUUAGCUGAGAAAUCUUUUAAAUCUGCUAUUGCAAUUAGAUCGAAACAGUAUGGUAAGGAAUCGGCAUUAGUAGCAUCGACUCAAAAUCAUUUGGCUCAAUUAUAUUUAACAUGGGGUGAUAUAGCAAAAUCAAAACAAUCUGAAUCAAUUGAAUUGUUUAAAUCAUCGAUUAAUAUCGUUGAUAAAUUCCCUGAUUUCUACAGUCGUGCUUUCAUGCGUUAUUCAUUCUCAAAAUAUUAUCGUAUUAAAAAAGAUAAACCUCAAGAGAUUAAACUAAUAAAUGAGGCAUUAUCAAUUUUGGAAAUGCAUAAUAUCGUAUCGGAUUUAAUAACAACUCUAAGGGAGAGAAGAGAUUAUCUCUCAAAAACUGGUUUUAGUAAAAUCAUUGGUUGGGUACGUGAUCCAAAACCAAACUCUUUAAUUGGCUCAGGCAGUGGUAGUAGUAUUGGUGGUAUUCAUUUAGGUGUUGGUCAUCAUACACCAUUGGUUAAUCAUCAAGCCUUUAUUGAAUCAGAAAAUCAUGGUUCUGGUCAUAUGGAAAUGUCUUCAAAUGCUUUUGCUUCAAAACAUAAUUCAAUUCCAAAGGAAUGGCAAGAAAUUUUCAAUGAAAUUGGUAUCACUAGUGAAGAAUGGUCUGAUCCACAAUAUUCUGCAAAUUUACAAUCAAUCAUUCAAGAAGCAAUCAUUGAACAACAACUUAAAAAUAAAAAGAAUAGUCCAAUAAAUACAACAACAAGAAAAACAAAAUCUAAAAAGAAAUUAUUAUCAUCCUCAUCAACAACUACUACUACAACCACAACUAAUUCAACAAAUACAACAGUAUCUCCAAUAUUAGAUUCAAUUAUUAGUAGUGCUGCAAAACUUGAAAAGAAACAUAAAAUGGUUUCAAAAGAAGUUAAAACAAAGAUAAAGAAAGAGAUGGACAUAGUUAGUGAGAGAUUUGAAUCAACUACAACUAUGUUACAAUCAAAUAUUAGAGAUAGAGUAAACUCAUUAUCACUUGGUGAUACCUCAGGUGGUAAAGAGAAAAUGUCUGAAGAAAGAAGAGUAAAACCAAAUUCAAUGUCUUCACCAAAAAGACCCUCAACUACUUCAUCAUUAUCAUCAUCAUCAACAUCAACAACAACAUCAACAACAACAGCAACUAAAUUCACAGCUAGACGUCAAAUAUCAACAAGUUCACCACUACCAUCACAACCAACUAGUGGUUUAACUCCAAUGACACAAAUUAAAUUGGUUAAAACUUCACAAAUUUCAAAACCAUCUCUACCAAUGACGCCACCAUCAUUGUCCUCACCAAUUACAUCUCCAUUACCAUCUCCCCCUCCACCAGGUGGAGCUGUUGUCAAAAGUCUACCAGCUCCUCCACCACCAGCUCCUCCACCAUCAGCUGGAAGUGCCCCACUAUCACCACUACCACCAUCAUUAUCUAGUGGUCCAGUAUUAAUGAAACAAUCACCACCACCACCACCACCAAUGUUUGACCAAUUAAUGUCGAUACCAUCACCAAUAACAACUCCAACUCCAACUCCAAUCCCAAUCCCAACUCCAAUCCCAACUCCAACUUCAACUCAAGAAUCAAUGUAUCCAAAAAUGGAUUUACCAACAACAACAGCAGCACCAAAACCAAUUAGUAGACCAACAUCAUCACCACUUCCAUCAAAAAAUAUAUCUUCAUCCUCAUCAUUCUUUAAUGGAUUAUUUAAUAGAAAAUCAACACCAGUUCCUGCCCCUGUUUUAAAUUCAGGUUCGUCAAUGGUCUCUCGUAGUUUCUCUAGUAGUAUAAAAGAAGAAUCAUCUUCACAAUCAACUCCACCCUCAUUAUAUCCAAAACUUAGUUUGGAAAAGAUUGAAUCCCAUUCAUCUGAGCCACCACCAGUAAGACAAACUCCACAAUAUUUGUCACAACCACCACAACCACAACAAUUACAACAACCACCACAACCACAACAAUUACAACAACCACCACAACCACAACAAUUACAACAACCACCACAACCACAACAAUUACAACAACCACCACAACCACAACCAUUACAACAGCCACAACCACAACAAUUACAACAAUCACAACCACAACAAGAAACUCAAUCAACUUUUUCAAAAUUAAGAAAUAUUGUUAAUAUUUCAAAUUCUGGUAAUAUUUUACACUCACCAACUUCUUAUCAAACCUAUACUCCAAAUUAUUCAAACUUUUAUUUGCAACAACAACCUCAACAACCUCAACAACCUCAACAACCUCAACAACCUCAACCACAACAAAUGUUGUUGGAUCAAGAAAGACAACAUCAAAUUAUUCAAGAGUCAUUAGAUUUUAGAAGAUCAGCAACAACUGUAUCUCAAUCUUCAUUAAUAUUAUUUGAUAGUGAUGAACAAUCAUUACGUUUAAGUGAUAAUAAAAUCUACGAAGAUCUUGAUGAUAAUAAUGAUGAUGAUGAACAACAAAUCGAAAAUGAAUAUCAAGAAGAGGAAACAUUAGAAGAAUAUUGUGAAGGUGACGAGCCAACACAAUAUUGUGAACUAAAUGCUGAUGAAGAUGAAGUAGAAGAAGAAGAAGAUGACGAAGAAGAAGAUGAAGACGAAGACGAGGAAGGCGAAAGUGAAAGUAACGAAGAAGAACAAGAAGAACAAGCUCAAGGGGUAGAUGGAAAACUCCAUUGGUCACAAUUAAGUGAAAUGUUAAAGACAGAAGAUUUUGUAAAUACUAUAAAACAAAAAUUAAGAGAAAACAAAAAUAAUUUCUCAUUAAAAAAAUAA